GAUAAAGCCAAAGGCCAUUUGCUAGCUGGCUCCCCCCUUUUUUCCUGUUGUCCUUUCCUUUGUGGCAGCAGGACUGUCAGUCAGAGCUUCUGCGCUCCCUGCCCCAGCUACUGUAGGUCUCGGAGCCGCCUGCCCAGCUCAGAAGUGCCAAUCUCUCGCCGAGACCUCUCCCCUCUGGCCUAGUGAUGAGCUGCAAGAACUGUGCAGACUGAUUGAUUUGAGAAUAAAGAGAGAGGACUGAAAAAUAAAAUUAAAACCAAUUCAGACAAUUGUUAUGGUUUCUUCAUUAACCACUGAAACUGGCUAAUGUAGCACUGAGCGCAUCUCUGUCAGAGUGCUCCACUAAGACUCUUAAAAUGCAAUGUAGUGGUCUAGAGACUCUUGAGGGGAAGAUGAGAAAAAAAAAUGCUUUCAAGGUUCACCAUGUUUCUGUACCACAAACAGAUUUGUUUUGUAUUGCAUUUUUGUUAACUUAUUUGACAAGAUUGCUGCAUAACCAGAAUCAAUAAAAUAUAUUCCAAAAAGGAGAAGAAAAUGUAUAAUUAAACGUGGUGAUUCUAAGUGGAAGCUUUUGGACUAGUUUCUGUUGUAAUGUGACAUUUUCCUUGUUUUGCUCUAUUUGCAAAUCUUUCCUUUCCCCUGGGGAUCUAUUAACCAAAUCUUGUUUGGAUAAGUGCUUUUUGCUUUGCUGUCAUGCAAAACUUAAAGCUUUUGAUGUGAGGGGGUUUUUUGUGCAGGUCACUUUUCACUACAAGAUGUUAACAAAUGUUUUACAUCUCGCUUAGGGUCAGACCAGUCAGGUUUUUUAAAUUAAUAAAAACUUUUAUUAAUUGAAAUUGUCUCCUGUUAUUAUUUGAUUCUUAUUUGACUGCAUCAGAGAGAGAAAAGAACCUUUUGUAUCAUUGUUUUGUCAAUAUGAUGAAUUGUCUUUUGUGAGGUGUCAUUUUUGUCUAGGUCUUUUGAUAUUUGUUAGGUUGGCAGAUGAGGUUUGGCCUGUGGCAAGAUAGAAACUAAGGACCAGGGUGUGGUGUCGGUGAGCUUUGAAGAGGAUGAAGAUGGAAACUUAUGUCUAAUAGCAUAUCCAUUAAGUGGGGACCAUGAUAACUUAGAAAACUUAGAUAAUUCUGACUGUGAACCCAAAAGUAAGCUGUUGCGAUGGACUAACAAAAAGACAAUGUUGUUAGAAAAUGAGAAAGUAUCUAAGGAAUGGGUCCGGCAGCACAGGAAAGAGGAGAAAAUGAAAAGUCACAAAUUGGAGGAAGAAUUUGAAUGGCUGAAGAAGUCUGAAGUCUUGUAUUAUACUGUAGAGAAAAAAGGAAAUGUAAGUUCACAGUUUAAACACCAUAAUCCUUGGAGCAUGAAAUGUCACCAGCAGCAGUUGCAGCGGAUGAAGGAAAACGCAAAACACCGGAAUCAAUACAAAUUCAUUUUGCUGGAAAACCUAACAUCUCGAUACGAAGUACCAUGUGUGUUGGACCUUAAGAUGGGAACCCGACAGCAUGGAGAUGAUGCGUCAGAAGAGAAGAAGGCUAAUCAAAUUCGCAAGUGUCAGCAGAGUACAUCAGCUGUUAUUGGAGUCCGAGUUUGUGGCAUGCAGGUCUACCAGGCAGGCACUGGCCAGCUAAUGUUCAUGAAUAAAUACCACGGAAGAAAACUCUCAGUCCAAGGAUUUAAAGAAGCACUUUACCAGUUCUUUCAUAACGGCAAAUACCUGCGCAGGGAACUCUUUGAAUCUGUUAUUAAAAAACUGACUGAACUCAAGUCUGUCCUAGAGAAGCAGGAGUCUUACCGCUUCUAUUCAAGCUCCUUGCUGAUCAUUUAUGAUGGAAAGGAAAGGCAGGAAGUUGCUGUUGACUCAGACCCAGAGGACUUAGAGGACCUUUCAGAGGAAUCGUCAGAUGAGUCAGCAGGAGCAUAUGCCUACAAACCAACUGCUAGUACUGUUGAUGUCCGUAUGAUAGACUUUGCCCACACAACCUGCAAGUACUAUGGAGAAGAUAGCGUGGUGCAUGAGGGCCAAGACACGGGUUACGUUUUUGGACUUCAGAAUUUAAUAGAUAUUAUUAAAGAAAUAAGAGACGAAAGUAGUGAAUAAACAGUGUGAAUGCACAUCAGUAGAAAGCACUAUUGUGACUCUUUGUAUUCCAAAAUUAUUGGCCACUUUCUGGUGGUAGGAAUCUUUACAAGCUCUGCAGGGAUGGUCCCCUCAGAGUCAGACUUGUUCAGAGGGCAUUUACUUACAUUGGUGCUGGACCUAGCACUGGCAAAACUUGGUAUCCUUAUUUAUUUUAACUUUCUUAAACAUUCCAUAUUUGAUUACUCAGAUACCUCUGUUAUCCCUGUGUGUAUACGUUCCAAUAAAAUUCUUUUUGUUCAUUGUAA